AAUUUGAGGAAGCAGACACACACAUUCCAGCUGAGGUCGAAGAAGACAAGUUUGCCUUCUUGCUUCGCUCUUAUUUGAUAAACAGGACGGAGUGUGCUCCCCCUUCUUUCACAAUUGGUGCCCCGUGUGAGGCUCACCAAUCCUGACCACGACGUUUGGAAGCUGCGCAGUAAGUACAAGCGAGUUGUCUCACAGUGGGUCAGAAGUUUUCAGCCACUCAACAAAAUGGGUCAGUCUCUCAGUGUUCACCAGCGCCAGGAUGUGUUAGUUUUACGGCUGCUGCAGGCUAGUGAAGCUUCUGUUUCAGAAGAUAAUUUGUACUCUGUAUUGUACGAUGUUGUUCAAAAUAACCCUUUGUUUCCCGAGAAAGGCAUCUUAGACUUAGAUGUGUGGGAGUGCUCUGGACAAAAUUUGAAGUGCCACUUUAAGCGAGGACACAAAGUUUCCUCUAAAACGUUUCCUACAUGGGCUCUUAUUUGCACAGCCUUGGCCCCUCUUCAUAUUGCCGAAACUGAGGCUUCGGAAACUAAGGUACCUGAGAAAGAGACCUCCGCUCCCUCCGAUAAAGUUCUCCCGCCUCCCAAGCCCUCGGUCCCCAUACGGCCAGCCGAUAAAGGCGGCGGGGAAAUGACCAUGGCCUCGCUCCUUCCCCUCUCUCCUUUACCGCCGCCACUGCCACCACCGCUGCCUUCCCUCCCUAAAAGUGCUGCACCAGUCUUGCAACGCUGUCUUCACAAGGCAGAAUUAGCCAAAAAUUUUGUUUGACCCAUUAUGCCUAACCAGUUGUCCAGAAAUUUUUCCUAGAGUACCGGGACUGGGAAGUCCAGAUGAAAGUGCCCGCCACAUAGAAACACCAAACGCGUCUG